AUGGGCAUCAUUCAUGUUGUCAUGUUUGCCUUUGAGCCACUGGCCCCGGCUGAAGAUGUCCAAGGAGUGUGUGACAGAAUGCUCGCCCUCAAGGACAAUUGUGUCCACCCCCAGUCCAAGAAGCCCUAUGUGAAGAUGGGCAUGGGUGGCCGAGACAACAGUACCGAGGGCCACCAGGGAGGCAUCACACAUGUCUUCAUCAGCGAGUUUGAGAAUGAGGAGGACCGCCAGUACUACCUAAAGGAGGACCCAGCCCAUCUGGCAUUUGUCAAGAGUAUUUCUGGAAUUGUGGCAAAGGCACAGGUGGUGGAUUUCACUCCUGGCAUCUUCUGA